AUGUCGACCUCUAAAGCCAACGCUACGACCUCUCAAGUCAAAGAUAAGAAAACCACGAUCUGGGCCUUGAAGAUAUAUUUCUCCCCUUAUAAAGCUAGCAAGUAUUCGAUAAUAUGUCGCAGUUUCGUCUCCAAGCAUCUAGCUCAAGAAGCAAUGCAAAGAGUUGCACGACAUCUAUACAAAGGAUCAGAUAUUAUCCAAGGAUCCAAUAGCAAAUACUUUGUUAAAUUCCCGAUGGUGAUACACUUUGGCAUUCACCUGAUUACAGGAGAGAGAUUGGUUUCUGUGAAAUUGAACAAAACAUAUUGGAAGACGAAGAAAGUGGAGAUGAAGUUCCCUCAAGUACAAAUGACGAGUAAGAAUACGAUUAUUAAAUAA